GAAGGAGGUCUACUGAAGGGGAUUUACUGAAGGAGGUCUACAUCUGAAGUUUGUUUUUCUUUGAGCACAUGAACGUCUGAAAAAAGGAUGCGACUUCCAGGCUGGUUCUUAGGGGCGUGUCUCUGCUGUCUAUCCGUCACAUGGGUACAGACCACCACCUUUAAGCUGGCUCUGGUUGGUCCGUGGUCAUGUGACCCAGUGUUCUCACGGGCGAUGUCAUCAGCUGCGGCCAACCUAGCAUUGUCACGGUUACGGAGCGACAGUAGCCUGAGCCGAGGGUUCUGGUACGACGUCAAACUACUGGACGAGGACUGCUCCACCUCCAAAGCUUUGUUAGAGCUGUCAGACGUGGAGGGUUAUGGACAUGCCUACAUUGGCCCCUUUAACCCCGCUCUCUGCCAUGCUGCUUCUUUACUGGCUGAGCACUGGGAGGCGGGGCUUGCGUCCCCAGGAUGCCUGGAUUCCAACUGGCCCAAUCUGCCACCCAUCACUCCACCCAGUCGGGUCUUAUUCAACGUGCUGCGAUUUUUCCGCUGGGCGCACGUUGGCGUUAUCUCAGCUCCAUCAGACCUAUGGCAGAACACUGGACAGGAAGUGGCCUCUUCCCUCCAGGCUCUGGGGCUGCCCAUUGGUCCAGUGGUUACCAUGGAAACCAGGAGUCAGGUUGGAGCCCAGGGGGCACUCAAAGCCAUCAGAGAGGCAGACAAGGUCAAAGUGGUCAUCAUGUGUAUGAGCUCCGCUCUGAUUGGUGGAGAGGAUCAGAGGGAGCUCCUAUUGGCUGCUCUGGACAUGGGGAUGGUGUCGGACGGAUAUGUGUUCAUUCCCUAUGAUGCUCUGCUCUACGCCAUGCCCUACCAGGACACAGCCUUCCCUCAGCUGACCAAUAGCACCAGGCUCCGCCACGCCUACAGCUCCGUCCUGACGGUUACCAUGGCGUCCGACCGAAGUUUCUACGAAGCUUUUAGAGAAGCUCAGCUGAGCCGAGAAAUCCGAUCAGCCGUGUCUGUCACUGAGGUGUCCCCACUGUUUGGUACCAUCUAUAACAUGGUGUACUUCGUUGCUAAGGCAGUGGAGGAGCGUCGUCAGGCAGGGGGCGGGCGCUGGGUGACGGGUGAACAGCUUGUUCAAUCAGAUGGAGGCUUUGAUUUCCAAGGUUUCAACCAGGUGCUGUAUGGGGGUCCAGGGGGGCGUGGCCUUCAGUCCAGGUAUGUGGUUCUGAGCGCUGACGCAGACAGACUGGUCCCAACGCACACGCUCGCACCCACGCACACACACGGGACGCUAGGAGGGCUCCGCCCACUGGGCCGACUAUUCCUGUUCCCUGGAGGAAGACCGCCCACCAACAGCUUCUGCUGGUUCGAUCCGGAUCAGGCCUGUACUGGAGGUGUGGACUCCAGCUCACUGUUGUUCCUGUUCCUGGGACUGGGUUCACUAUUGGCAUUGUUCAUCUGCUGGAGCAGGAAGUAUAGAAGAGGAUCCAACCUGAGCAAACUGAUUCUGAGUCUGGACGACAUCGUCUUCAUCGACACCAGCGUCAGCAGGAAGAAGCUAAACGAUGAGUCCAUCAUGAGGAGUCUUCUAGAAAUAAAAACCCCUCUCAAGUCCAUCGCACGAAGUUAUAUCCUGACCACGCCCCAGAGCUCUAACAUCGGCAUUCUAGAGGGCGACUGGGUUUGGCUGAAGAAGAUCAACACAACACAGACGAUAACAAGUGUCAAUCAAAGUACACAGAACCUGUUCAGCCAGCUGCGGGAGAUGCGACAUGAGAACAUGAACCUGUACUUGGGCAUGUUCCUGGACUCGGGGAUCUUCGCUCUGGUGGUGGAACACUGUCCUCGAGGCAGCCUGGCCGACCUGUUGGCCGACGGCAACAUGAGGCUGGACUGGAUGUUCAAGUCUUCCCUGCUCAUGGACCUGAUCAAGGGAAUGAAGUAUCUUCAUCUUCGUGGUCUGAGUCAUGGUCGUUUAAAGUCCACUAACUGUCUUGUUGAUGGACGUUUUGUCCUGAAAAUCACUGACUACGGACUUCCCAUGAUCCUUCACUGUCAGAACCUCAGCCUGCUUGAAGACCCUCAAGAGUUGCUGUGGACAGCUCCAGAACUCCUCAGGAAUCCCAUCAGAGGCGGGUCCUUCAGUGGAGACGUCUUCAGCUUUUCCAUCAUCAUACAGGAAGUGAUCUCACGAACUUUACCGUACGCCAUGAUGGACAUGCCUGGACAUGAGAUCCUGGAGCGUCUCAAACAUCCUCCUCCUCUGUUCAGACCAGUAGUUUCAGUGGAUGAAGCUCCCUCUGAGUGUUUAACUCUGAUGAACGACUGUUGGAAUGAAGAUCCAAGUAAAAGGCCCAGUUUUGACGACAUUUUCAAACAGUUUCGGGGCAUCAACAGAGGGAAGAGGGCAAACAUCAUUGACUCGAUGUUGCGGAUGCUGGAGCAGUAUAGCUGCAACCUGGAGGAUCUGAUACGAGAACGAACCGACGAACUGGAGGUGGAAAGAAACAAGACCGAAAAGCUGAUUGGACAACUGCUGCCAAAGUCUGUGGCUCAGUCACUGAAAAAAGGGAAGCCAGUCCAGCCUGAGCAUUAUUCUGACUGCACCCUCUACUUCAGCGACAUCGUGGGCUUUACAACCAUCUCGGCUCUCAGUGAACCUAUUGAGGUGGUGGACCUUCUCAAUGACCUCUACACCAUGUUUGAUGCCAUCAUUGCUUCUCAUGACGUGUAUAAGGUUAGUGUUUCU